AUGAGUUCGCCGCGAAUCAAUUGGUUCAAGAGAGUACUUGGCUUCGGCCCUUACUUCCGACGCCGUUCGGGCGACUUUGAAGGAAUCGCUGUGGCCUCAUUUGUCGGUGUGACUUCAGGUGUAUAUAUUUUCAAGCCAAUAGCACAAGAAAUGGAAAUCAAUCGUAUCGAACGAGAAAAACGGGAAGCAAUGGAAGCAGCUGCUGCUACAUCUGGAAGAAACACACAAGGUUCCACUGAGAGUUAG